AUGAAAGAACAGGUACAAAUGAAUAUAUUAGUUACAUUGACCUUUUCAAUGCAAAGUAAAUAUCGUAAAGUUCCGUCAAUCAACUCCUUCGAAAGCAAGGCCUGUUUCAAACGCCGUACUACUACCGUGCUGAACGCAGUUGAUCGAGAAAAUUCGACUUAGGCACGGCAGUAGCACGACUUGGUUCAAACGUCGUGCUACUGCCUUGCCGAACUCAAUUCAUAAAAUAUAAAUACUUUUGAAUGCAUUUUAAAAGUUCACUAAACCGCCUAUUUUUUUUUAAGUUUUGUUUUCCGCAAAAGUGAGAUUCGACAUCUGAAACCAAGUCGUACUACAACCGUGCAAUUCGUGCUGUGCUGAAGUCGAGCCAGCUUAUACAAAUGUAGAAAGGUAGAAGCACUGAUUCAGCAGAAGGCAAAGAGGCAAGUUUGCUUUUAAAUUCGGAAAACGGCCAAUCCAAUCCAAUCGGCAAUCCAGUUUCUGUUUCCAUAUUUAUGGCAAAAUAAUUCCUUUUAAGGAAGCUUUUUCAGCUGGAAAGGAGUUGCUUGUUCGCUAAACUAAUCAAACGCCGCCACGAUGAAUCAAUAGUUUUUUUUAUUUUUAUGUUUGUUAAUUGGUUUGCUGUUGUGUAAUAAUUUUAAGGUCAAACAGUUACCAUUGUUUUGGGUGAAAAAUUAUCUUUACUUUUGUCUCAUGGUCCUCGUUUAGGGGCAUUACCUCGUAAGAGUUUCCUGUAGCCUAGGUGGUAGAGCAUCUGGACUAGUAACAGUUCGACUUCUAUUGAGAGUACUGUAUCACUGACUGAAAAAUCAUCGGAUAAAUUUAAAUUUUGGGGAAACAGCCCACCUACCCCUCCCCUAAGCCAACAUUUUGCCCUAAACGAGAAUUAAGUGUUAAUUUUGGCUCAGGGGAGGAGUAGGUGGGCAGUUUCCCAGAAACCUAAAUUGAUCCAAAUCAUCCUCUCAUUAGACUGCGAGCAAUCUCUCUUUUUCUUCAGAUUUAGUAAGGGGAGUGCACGCGCGCGCGAGCGUUGAGCGCCGAAGCCGCGAGACGCGAGAAACGUGGGCGGCCCGUCUCGCGCCUUCAGUCACGCGCGUGGUCAUUUGCUAAAGAAAGACUGCUCGUAGUCUAUCCUCCCGUUGAUUAUCACUUUUCUUGGCUUUUCUUUCGCUCCAGCGAGGUAGAGCAACAAAUAAUUAACAAUUAUUGGACGAGGUUGAGCAAAAUAUGGUGAUUUGUCAGUGGCGAGCUGAUCAAUUAUUUGCCGAAGCCGAAGGAUGAGGCAAAUAAUUGAUCUGCGAGACGCUGACACAAUAUUUUGCGAUAACCGAAUUCAAUAAUUGUUUUUUCAUUCGAUCACCAAGUUUGUUUUUAAUGAAUAUCUCCGGGAAGCGAAGCGAUCUGCCAUUAAUUUUUUCACGUAAGAGCGGAAUGUUAUUUGCAGCCAAACACAGUUGGACGAUAUUGCGAAUGAGCAGACCAUUAUUUGUGAGCAGUUAUUUAACCGCGGAAGGAUUAGCUCAGUCGGUAGAGCGUGUUGACUGCAGAGCGGGAGGUCGCGGGUUUGAUUCCCGGGCUCGGACCAAUAUUUAGGGUCUUAAAAUAACUGAGAAAUGAAGGUACUCCCUUUCCCCUGCAACAGGCUAGACCUUCGCGUGGCUCGGAUGACCACGUAAAAUGGCGGUCCCGUCUCCAAUUGGAGACGUAAAAAAUAGUGUCCCCAAUUAGUACUUUCGUGCUAAAUACAUUGACACUCAAAUAAAAGUGCAUAAAAGUGCAUUUGCAGGUCACGUGGUGGAAUUUUCGGCGAAUGAAAAGGAAGAAAAAUUUGCAAACCUCUUGCAAACAGCUUCCUCUUCUUUCUCUUAGCCCGUGCCGGCUCUGUUAUCUUAAGUUCAAGAGAGUUUCGAUCAUCGCUAUUGAUCUUAUGUAUUUUCGAAGUGUUUACGCAUUAUUCGUAACAAAUGCAAAUAAAUACAAGCAAAUAAAACUUGGAAAAGUUGGGCCAGUAUACCCCUAGCGUGUUCCAGGCGUUCAAUUGAGUAUUGGACAACCCUCAGAAAAGGGAAAGAAGUAAUGAGGAAACCCCCAAAGCCAGCCUAUUGCUGUUUUUCUUUCUCACAUCUCUUUGCGCAGUAUCCACAGUCUGAAAACGUGGAACAGUCUUAUAUUUUGUAGCGCCUUAAACUGUGAUUUCAUUUUUGCUUUCAGGUGUCGGGUUUCUUCUCUCGACCAGACGUUGACCAAGGCUCCGGCAAGCUGGCUGUCCAGCAAAGUCUUGAGAGUAUAGCUGCCAACAUCAAAUGGUUAGAACGCUAUGGUGGCAGAGUGUAUGAAUGGCUGACACACCCGUCCUUCAAGGCACCACAACAAGGCACCACAACAAGGCAUCGAAUGGAGAAGCCGAAGUAUUUAUCGUACGAUGAGAUGAUAGUGGAAAAAUAUGGUCGACCUUAA